AUGGCUCCCGUCACUUCUUCCCCGCGGCAAUUGCCCACCAAGCUGUUCAUCAACAACGAACACGUCGAAUCAAGGACAUCCAAGUAUCUAUCAGUGUACAAUCCCAAGGACAAUUCCCUAGUUUCGGAUCGGGUCCCCGUCGCCGGACAGGAGGACGUUGAUGCCGCAGUGACCGCCGCCGAAGCCGCCUUUCCUACGUGGAAGGCAUUGACAGAACUGGAGCGUCGCACCAUCCUGACAAACUUCGCAUCCCUAGUCGAAAAAAACACCGUCAUGCUGGCCGAGCUGACCCGACUCACUAUGGGCGCGCCAUACAAGGCCUUUGGUGAAUUCGAAACCGGCCUGUUCGCCGAAGCCUUCCGAUAUUACGCCGGCUGGAUUGAUAAGUUCACCGGCCAGUCCUACCCCGCGAACGAUGGCUUCUUAAAGAUCACACGCCAUGAACCCCUCGGGGUGACGGCGGGAAUCGUCCCCUGGAAUGGGCCGCUUGCCCUCGCGGGGAUGAAAGCAGCUCCUGCCUUGGCAACUGGAAACUGCUUCAUCUUGAAACCCUCAGAAAAGACUCCAUUCGCUGCGCUGGCCCUCGGAGACUUGAUCAAAGAGGCUGGAUUCCCGGCUGGUGUCUUUCAAGUGCUACCCGGGGAUGGCAGUACCGGCGCCUUACUGGCAAGACAUAUGAAGAUUCGCAAAAUUAGCUUCACGGGAUCGGUGCCGACGGGAAAGCUCAUUCAGAAGAUGGCGGCGGAGUCGAAUCUGAAGCGGGUGACGCUGGAACUGGGCGGCAAGUCGCCCGCGGUCAUCUUUGAAGACUGCAAUCUUGAUAAUGCGGUGACGUGGUGUGUCAAUGCGCUCGCCAUCAACUCGGGUCAGAUAUGCUUUGCUGCGACGAGAAUCUAUGUCCAGGAAAGCAUCCAGGCCGAGUUCACCGCCAGAUACAAGGCGGCGUUGGAGCAACGGGGCCAAUCGAUCGGCGACCCGGACCACGACUCCACGACCAUGGGGCCGUUGGCUGAUGAAGCCCAGUUCAACCGGGUGACUGGGUUUAUUGAGCGGGGUACGAAGAGUGGCUCCCUCGUCACUGGAGGAAAGCGAGUAGGUACAACGGGGUGGUUCUUGGAGCCGACGGUGUUUAGUGGAGUGCCGCAGGAUGCCGAGAUAUAUCAGCAGGAGGUCUUUGGUCCUGUGUCCAUUAUCAACACCUUUCAAACAGAAGAGGAGGUCAUCAAGAAGGCCAAUGCUACCGAGUAUGGCUUGAUGGCCGGGGUUUUCACCCAGGACAUCAACAAGGCCUUGCGCGUGGCUACGGAGUUUGACUCGGGUAUGGUAGGGGUGAACUGCAUCAGCAGGUAUUUCCUAUCGGCACCUUUCGGAGGCAGCAAACAAAGUGGCCUCGGCCGUGAGUGUGGAAAGCAAGCGUUGGAGCAUUACACGGAGACGAAAACCGUCUUUGUCAAUUUGACGUACAACUAG